GCGACUUUGCAAGUCGUUUUCCGAACAGGGGAAGCUAACGUUCGUGUGAAAGGUAAAGUGGAAACAUCACAUGUACUGAACGUUUAUUUCAUUUAGUGGUGCUGUGUUAAGCUAUGUCAUGACAGCUGUGAUUUCAUAUGAGUUAUUAGCAAAUAUUUCGACAUUGACAUCAAGAUAAACUGUUUUGAUAGUUGAGUUGACAUGCUAACUUAGCUAGCAUAGCUUCAGCGUUCUAUGGUAAACACACAUGGUCCUUUGCUAGAUUGAACUUCUGUCCCGUUAAAUAAAUAAAAAGACAACAUCCAAAUGUAAACGCUUAUUAUUAAUAUCAUGACUAUUUAUAGGGCUAGCAGUUACUGUAGCUACAUAUUGUAACACCAGAUAAUGUGAUUUAACAAAGAUGUGUGUUAUCCAUGACAGGGAGUUGAAGGUUAAGUAGGUCGCCUGGAGACCCGACGUUGAAUUCUAUGUCAGGUAGAAAUGAGGAUUUGAAUAAGGAAAGUUAACUCUAACGACCUCUACAAUAAUAUAAUAAUAAUAAUAAUAUGCCAUUUAGCAGACGCUUUUAUCCAAAGCGACUUACAGUCAUGUGUGCAUACAUUUUUGUGUAUGGGUGGUCCCGGGGAUCGAACCCACUACCCUGGCGUUACAAGCGCCGUGCUCUACCAGCUGAGCUACAGAGGACCAAGCCAAAAUGUUGAAUGAAAUUAUAUUGGAACGUACUUUUCCGGUUAUCUGUGCUGGUUGGUCCAUUUUAGGGUAGUAAUGUGAGACAAUAUAUCCACAGGAAAGUAGAAUUACAUAAACGUUUCAAAGCACUGGUAACGUUAACAAUAGUGCAUUCAGAUUUCUAUCACCUGAAACAUGAGCACAAGAUUUUAAAAAAAAAUACAUGCACGAGAUGCAUGCAUACAAACCGAACUCGUGCACGUGUUUACAUGGGUCUGAGCAUGCUUCAGGUGAUAGAAAUCUGAAUGGAAUUUUGUGUAUGGUUACCUAGAAACAAGGAGUGGCUCAACUUACCCUUUGGCUCAACAGUACCCCACUCUCCCCAAACUCCAAGUCAUGGAUUCCAAAAAUCUUUGGUUCAAUUAUAUUAUCUGGUGUAAUAAUCUGUAGCUACCAGUUACUGGUGUACCUGUAUUCCUUUACAGCCAGCUACGUACAGGAUCAUGUCACUGUUAGCAAAAGAUACCAGCUUGACUAAGACUCACUUAUGUAGUAUUUAUUCUGCUUUACCUCAGGUGUGCCAAUGUGAUCAUGGCCAGCAGGCAGUGGUGUGAGGGCCACUCCACCCCCGUGCUGUGUGUGGGGGCCUCUGGGGGUCCGGAGGGUCUCCUAGCCUCUGGCUCUGAGGAGGGUGAGGUGACAGUGUGGAACCAGGAGGGAGCGGUGUUAGCUAGUCUCCGUCUGCCCAGCGGGGAUGAUGUGACCAGCGCUGUGUUCUCGCCGGUAACUCCAGGCCUGUUGUAUGUAUCCCACGGGGAGAUGGUGAGCGUAUUGGACCCUCGUAGCCUGAAGGGGGCAGUAGAGGAGCUGCAGGGUGCGGGAGAGGAGGAGAUCAACUCUCUGGCUCUGAAUGAAAUGGGCUCGGCUCUGGCCGUGGCUGAUGACUCAGGGGCGGUGAGGGUGCUAGAGCUGCCGGGGGGCAAAGUAAACAGGACGCUCCGCAGACACACCAACAUCGUCUCAUCUGUGGCUUUCCGCCCUCUCAGGCCCAACAACCUGGUCUCAGCCGGACUUGACAUGCAGGUGAGACGACUGGAGAUGGAGAAAGAAAGGGAGGCUUGAGAGUACCCUGUUUGACUAAGUAAGCAUGUCCUGACCCCUUCUGGCCCCAAUCUCUUGCAGGUGAUGUUGUGGAACCUACAGAAGACCCGCCCCCUCUGGACCCUCAACCUGCAGGAAGUGGCUGAGGAAGAGGAGGACCAUCAGCAGAAGGCCGGUCAGCUCUUCAACCCACCUCUGGCUCACUGCGUCUCUGUGGCAACCUGUGGGAACGUUUUGGCCUGCGCCGCCGAGAACGGACGUGUGCACCUGAUGCGGGUCGGCAGUGGCUCCAGACUGGACCAGCAGGGGUCCAUCAAGGCCCACAGCCAGGGAGCCUCACAGGCCCACUUCCUCAGCUUCUUACCCCACCCAUACUGGCUGGCCACUGGGGGCAAUGACGGCAUGGUGGCCCUCUGGGACCUCAGUCAGAACCCAGUAGUUACUGUUGAGGAUAAGGGCAAGCCACAAGCAGUGCCAGCCCACCGCAGGAGACCCAAGGCCAGUGCUAAAGCCAAACUCCAGUCCCAGGCCAAGCCUAAGUCCCUGCAGGCAAAGGAGGAGGAAGAGGUGGAGGACGGCAGCAGUGCGGAUCAGUCACCAGGCACAGAGGAGGCCCUGAAGUCAGGACCUAAACUCCGCUUCAGCCAUGGGGACAAGGUGAACUGGGUGUGUCCCACUCUGCUGAGAGGAGAGCCCAGCCUGGUGGUGGCUGACCAGAGCCCUAACCUGUCUGUCUACUCUCUGGCUGGUCUAUAGCCUUA